AUGGCAAUUACUGGCAACCGGGAGCCAUGGCUAUCGUGGAGACGGGCCUGCUUCCUCUUGACGGGCAUCCUCUUCCUCACGCUCCUCAUUAACGCCCUUCCGCAUAAGGCCUCCAUACCGCUCUUGCGAAGCCCGGGACAUUCAUCUUCCAAGCCGACCACAUCAUCAUACCACUUCGGGAGUGCGGCAGCGGAUAACGAAGCCAUAGAUGGCCUUACUGAUGCACAAUGUGCGGCGGAAUUCCCUGACCUGUAUGCGGAUAUCGACCGUGCGGUCGCGUACUGGAAACAGAAAUCACAUACCAUCACGGCCAAAGACAUCGAAAUCAGCCACUCACGAGCGGCUAUUCGAAUCCUCAUCCACGAAAAUGAGCUUCGAAUCUUGGAGAGCAAGCAGUCGGUGGAUCCCAUGAGGGCCGCGCCUGAUAGAGCACUCGGCGUUCUCCAUCUGAUUCAACGCGCUCUGGACGCAUCCAUGGCGGCUGGCGAAAGACUUCCCACUGUGGAAGUCGUUCUCAACUUCCAGGACGAUGCCGAUCCAGGAGAGUCGCAUUCAUUCUGGACGUUUGCACGACACGUUACCAAAGAGACUCAUCAACGGCUAUGGCUAAUGCCAAAUUUCGACUUCUGGUACUACGAACAUACUGGAACUUUCAUCGAUGCCAAACGUGAUGCGAUGCAACGCGACGCAGCGUUCACGAGUAAGAUUCCACAGAUCGUAUGGAGAGGCAACCCAGACUUCAAUCCUGAGCUUCGAGGAAGUCUGAUCAGUGUCUCGAAAGGCAAGGACUGGGCGGAUAUAGCGUCGGUCCAUGAAAUUGAGAGCUGGUUUGAUGUCGACGAGUUCUGCAAGUACGCCAUGACUGUCUACACCGAGGGAGUCACGUAUUCGGGCCGACUCAAGUUCUUGAUGAACUGCCAAUCUCUGCUCUUCGCCCAUGAGCCAGCUUACGAGACGCACUAUUCGCAUCUGUUGGUCAAAGAAGGACCCCAACAAAACUACGUCUUUGUCAAACGGGACUGGAGUGAUCUGGAGGACAAAGUGAUAUGGUAUCUGGAGCAUCCCGACGAAGCCGAGAAGGUCAUCGCCAACUCGCUGGAGACGUUUCGGAGCCGGUAUAUCACACGAGCUGCCACAUCAUGCUAUAUUCGUCGACUGAUACAAGGGUAUGGUGAGGUUGCGUGGACGCCCGAUGUGCAUGUGCCGAUGAAAGAUGGCGAAGGCGUCAGACUGCGAGGUUACGGUUACGAGAAGUUCAUGGACAAGCCAGCAGAUGCCAAUUUUGAGGAGAUGGAGUGA